AUGUCCGCGAAAAGCGGAAGUGACGUAGGUCCAGAAAAUUGGUUGGCAAGAACCACUUAUCGUAAAAAUGGCUGACCGCACUGUCGAUAAAGUUUCCAAAAAUGUUAUUUCCUCGUCGUAUUACGAUACACUGUCAAUAGAAGCUAAAGAAAGGUACCAAACAAAGUUGAAUUAUGCCUCCGACACAAAAAAACUUCCAGAUCCAUAUAGUUUAAGCGAUAAAUGGAGCACAAACCCAAGUAACUGGCCAGACCUCACCUUUGGGGAUAUCUACACCUAUCUAAUUGACACGCCGUCUAUAUUCACCAGAGAUUCCAUGAAAGCCUACAAAUCUUUAGAAGCAUACAAUUAUGUUAUAAGUGAACAUGUCCAAGUUGUUUUGUCUCAUCCCAUCUCAGAUGACUGCCCGUUCAUGGCCCUAAAGACUAAGGUGACACCAUCCCAAAGAGCAAGAGACAAACCACAUCAGCCAUGGGUGUACCUUGACAAGAUGACUGGUACAGUGUACUGUGCUCAUUGUACCUGUAUGGCAGGGUUAGGAGAAGUAUGCAGCCAUGUUGCAGCACUGUUGUUUAAAGUGGAAAUAGGUGUCAAGAUGGGACUAAACCAGACAAGUUCAACAAGCAAGGCUUGCAAGUGGAACAGUACCUUUAGGAAAGAGGUAACACCAACUACUAUUACCGACAUAUUUGAGCACAUUAAAGGUCGUCGUGUGAAAGAUGUAUGUUCCGUACAAGCAACUGGAUCAGCACCAAUGCCACCACCAGAAGUCAUUGAUGAUUUGUAUUCCUUGAUACCUAAUGCUGCUUUCUUCACCUCCGUCACAGCACCCUCUCAAAUUCAAGAGCCUCAACCUGUUACCAAGACAGACAAAUUUCCAAAGCUUCUUACAACAUUCCAAGAUACUGACACUGACCCUAAUGAUCUAGACCUCAAAUGUAAAUCUUUAUUCGAGACAUACAGUUGUUCAUCUUACCAGUCAGCAAAUCUUGAAGUAGCCACAAGAAAUCAGUCAGUAAGCCCAUUAUGGUUUCAGCACAGAAUGGGCCGUGUGACAGCUUCUAAAGCACAUGAUGUUUUGACACGACAAGCAACAACACCAUCAGCAAAUCUUGUAAAGCGCAUUGUUGGAUACAGUUCUUACGACUUAUCAAAAAAGGUGGCAGUUAAGUGGGGCAUUGACCACGAAGAAGAAUGUCGGCAAAGUUAUGCAAGACACCAGACACAACAGCACUUAGACUUUACUUGUUCACAAAGUGGCUUUCAUGUUAGCAGCGAAAAUCCCUUCCUUGGAGCAAGUCCAGAUGGAAUAACAAAUUGCCAGUGUUGUGGCCGUGGCAUUGUUGAGAUUAAAUGUCCAUAUAAACAUAAAGACAAUACAAUUGAACAUGCUGCAGCAACUGACUCUACUUUCUGUCUUGACAAAAAUUUGCACUUAAAAACUAGCCACAGAUAUUUUACACAGAUACAGUUCCAGAUGUAUAUUUUGAAAGUAACUUACUGUGACUUUGUUGUUUAUACAAAAUGUAAGCCAUUACCUAGUUUAGUUAUCAUACGCGUUCCAAUAGACAUUAACUUCUGCAAUUCAAUGAUAGUGAAAUGUAACAGGUUUAUCCAAGACUAUGUUGUGAAAGAACUAAUUACCAGAGACCUUGAAAACCAACCCGCCACAACUUCAACUACAAAAGAUGACAACAAUAACGAGACAGAAACAUGGUGCCUUUGUUCUGAACCAGAGUAUGGACGUAUGAUCAAAUGUGAGAACUUAGAUUGUCCAUAUCAAUGGUUUCACUACAAGUGCGUAAACAUCAGACGUAAGCCAAGAGGAAAGUGGUACUGCUUGAACUGUGAAAAAUAGACCCUUUGACAAUGACAAUAAGAUUAACAUUAUAAUGAGGCUUAAUUAGACAUUCUUUAUUUCUAUAUCAUGUAUAUGAAAAUGUAAUCUGCAUAUGAUUAUGUACACAAAGUAAUACAAUGCAUGCAUGCAUGGUAGGAAUAAAUUACAAUAAUCAAAUAUUUUGUCUGUUUACCUAUUAAUGCAGUAAAAAUUCUAUUACUUGAGUACAAAAGGUAACUUUCACCAGAGAAAAAAUCAUUUGAUACUGCUAUCUUUGUGUUCACUUUAUUUAACCAAAGAAAUUACCACUUUAUAUUGACAUAUUUUCAGUGUCUUUCUGUUUGAAAUCUAUCUUUAUAUUAUUUCAAUACACUGCUGCUGAUUUUGUAAAUAGAAUUAUUUGUACAAAACAAUACAAUCACCAUGUAAAAAAUACUUGGAAGUUCAUCAUUUGAUACAAAGACUAUAUAUAUAGUUACAUUGUUGUACUUGUACAUGUACAUAUGCAUUAAAACAUUAUGUUAAA